AUGUUCGAACCUACAAGGGGUGGCACCCGCGGCGGACAAGGAGAGUUUAAGUGGUCGGACGUAUCCGCAGACAAGGACAGAGAGCAUUACCUCGGGCACAGUGUCAACGCGCCGACAGGACGAUGGCAAAAGAACAAGGAUGUGCAUUGGUACAACCGUGACAAGCAGCAGAGCGAGGCAGACAGGCUGGAGGAGAUCCGCAAGGUCAAAGAAGCCGAGGCCGAAGCCAUGGCCGUUGCAUUAGGAUUCGCACCAUCCAAGACCGCAGGCGGCGCCGGAGCCGGCACUGGAACCGUUUCCGGCGCAAACGCCGUCCCCGUCGCGCCCUCGGCGAAAGCACCUCCGCCAGCCGUCGCCUUGGACACGUCCGCGCUCGACCCAGACGCGCUCACGGAGAAACUGAAGGAGAAAGAAGAGAAACGCCGGCGGAAGGAGGAAAAACGUGCCCGGAAGGAGGAGAGACGCGCUCGGAAGGAAGAACGACGCCGCGCCCGAGGGCACUCGCGGGCCAGCUCGCCGCCCAGGUCCAAGUCUCGUUCCCGUUCCCCUGCGCGGCGCCAUGGAAACGAGCCGGAGCGGGAGCGCGACAGGCCUCGGCGAUACACCGCGGAGAGGGAGCUGAGGCGCUCCGCGUCGCCCGUCCGCCGGCGGCAUGACUCGCCGGAAUACAGACGUCGGAGAUCGCGCUCUCGCUCACUUGCGCGGACGCCGCCGAGGCCCCGUCGAGACGAGGGCUUGGAGUAUGAACAGCGAGAUCGCGAGCGGGAGCGGGAGCGGGAUCGCAUGAGGUGGGAGUCGAACGCUCGCAGGGAGGCGCCUGGCUCUGGCGACCGGCAGUGGGGUCGGGGUCGCUGA